UGGAAAAUGGUUCACGUGUCUUGUUUUAGUUCUCUGCCAACCGCCUUUUCUACAUAUUUUAAAUUUCACUUUAAAAUUAAUAUUUUACACGGUUACCUUCUAUCUUAUAUUUUAAACUUCACUUAAAACUAAUAUUUUACACGGCUAUAUAUAUAUAUAUCAUUAUAUAUAUGCGGUGCGGUGGCCAUAGCAUAUGGGGAAAAUAUGGUAUAACAAGGAGCCUCAGCUCUGCAAAUCGCGAACUCAAGCCCAAGCUGCCAGUCUGUGGCAUCCUGAUCGGUAGGCGAUUCUCAAUCCACCGCCAACAUGUCCGGCAGCACGGCGCCGCCGCACGUCGUGGAGGACUUCUUAGGCGUCAUCCAGAUCUUCAGCGAUGGCUCCAUCGUCCGCGGCGACGAGUCGACCAUCAGGCCGUCAGGGCCGUGCUCGGACGUCCCCGGCGUCCAGUGGAAGGACGCCGUGUACGAGGCGACUCGCGGCCUCAAGGUCCGCGUGUACAAGCCGCCGCCGACCCCCGGCGGCGGCAACCAGGGCAAGCUCCCGGUGCUGGUGUACUUCCACGGAGGGGGCUACUGCGGCGGCGCCUACGACCACCCCUUGUUGCACUCCUGCUGCCAGCGCUUCGCCGCCGAGCUCCCCGCCGUCGUGCUCUCAGUCCAGUACCGCCUCGCCCCGGAGCACCGCCUCCCCGCGGCGGUAGAAGACGGCGCCGCGUUCUUCUCCUGGCUGCGCUCGCAGGCGCAGGCGCAGCCUGCUGCACCGGGCGCCGCCGCCGCCGACCCGUGGCUCGCCGAAUCGGCCGACUUCUCCCGGACGUUCGUGUCCGGCGGGUCGGCCGGCGCCAACCUGGCCCACCACAUCGUGGUCCGGAUCGCCUCUGGGCAGAUCGCGCUCGGCGCCGCGGUGCGCGUCGCCGGGUACGUCCUCUUCUCCGCGUUCUUUGGCAGCGUCGAGCGCGUGGCGACGGAGUCCGAUCCCCCGGCCGGCGUGUACCUGACGGUGGAGACGAUUGACCAGCUCUGGCGCAUGGCGCUGCCGGUGGGGGCCACCCGGGACCACCCGCUGGCGAACCCGUUCGGCCCGGGCAGCCCGAGCCUGGAACCGCUGCCGCUGCCGCCGGCGCUCGUCGUGGCGCCCGAGCGCGACGUGCUGCACGGCCACGUGCGGCGCUACGCCGCCAGGCUCAGGGAGAUGGGGAAGCCCGUGGAGCUCGCCGAGUUCGCGGGGGAAGGGCAUGCCUUCUUUGUCGGACCGUGGAGCGAAGCGAGGGAUGAGCUGAUGCGAAUCUUGAAGCGCUUCGUGAACCAGAGCGCUGCUCUCGGCUGAGGUGAAUGUGAAUCUGUCGCUAUUGCCGUAGUCCAGGUCGCAGUUGACACGUCGCAAUAAGAACCUGUACCUGGAAUGGACAGUGAUGUUCACAUUUAUCGGUUUUUUCUCCCUCAUACAUAAUCGAUGAAACUUUCGUUUAGGAGGUUGUAAAAAAUCAAAUUUCUUGUAGGACGGAGUAAUUUAGAGGAAUUUUGGCAGGUGUUUUCUGUCGUU